AUGAAGACAAUUGUCGUCCUGGGCGCUGGCCUUGCCGCCAUGCCCCUGAUCCGCCAGACCAUGCGCAAUGUCGUGCUGCCAUACGACUCGUAUAAGCUCAUCGUCGUAGCCCCCAACACACACAUGCUCUUCCCCCUGGCCAUGCCUAGAGUCCUUGUGCCCGGGGCCAUGUCCGAGGAUAAGGUCUUCCUCCCCGUCUCGAGCCAGUUCUCCGAAUAUCCCGGGGACAAGUUUCAGUUCCUCCAAGGCACAGCCGAGAGCCUGAUCCCGGAGAGCAACCAGCUCAGCGUCAAGGGCGUGGACGAGAACCAGACAAAGUUGAGCUACGACUAUCUCAUCGUCGCCACGGGUUCCUCUUCGCGCGACAACACACCCUGGAAAACACUCGGGACCACCGAAAAGACAAAGGAGCGCCUCUUUGAAAUCAGGAAGGAGGUCGAGCAGGCCAAGACCAUUGUCAUCGCAGGCGGAGGUGCCACGGGCACGGAGACGGCCGGCGAAUUCGGAUGCGAGUACGCCCAGUCCGGUCAGAAGGCCGUCUACUUUGUCUACAACGACGAGCUGCCCCUGGUCGCCGACAUGAUCCCCAAGGUCCGCCGGCAGGCCAAGAUUGAGCUCGAGAGGCAAAAGGUCAAGCUCAUCCCCAACUCCAAGAUCACAAAGAUCACCACAUCGGGCCAGGAGACCGUCCUAGAGAUCACAGACAAGACCGGCAAGACGAACGAGCUCAAGGCUGGGGCCUACAUCUCCGCGACGGGGGUCGUUCCCAACGCAUCGUUCGCACCCGCCUCCAUGCUCGACGCGGAGGGCUUCAUCAAGCAGACCACCACGCUCCAGGCCGAGGGCCACGAUAACAUCUUUGUGGCGGGUGACGUGGGCUCGCUCGAGAUGUCAAAGGCCAUGGUCGCCGCGGCGCAGACCGAUCACCUCGUCAAAUAUAUGCCGGGCUACGUACUGCGUGGGGAGGCCAUCGCCACGUACACGCCUGACACCAAGAGCGUCUAUGCCAUAACGCUGGGCAGGAGUAAGGCUACGGGGCAGAUGAAUGGGUGGAAAUUGCCGGGUUUUCUCAUCUCGCUUGCCAAGCGGAAUUUCUUCUCGGAGCAGGCACCAGACAUAGCCAAGGGGAAGAAGACGUCAAAUAUAACGUAUGAGAAAUAG